UAAUCCUCUCUCUAUUUAAUAUCAACUUCACCUAUCCCCCGUCUUUAGACUUGUAAUCUUUAUGCUCGUAUAUAAUGAACCCAUGGAAAUUGGGAGGCAACACUAGUUAUUGCAUUUACCUCAGCAGGCUGAUCGAUGGCAGAUUGGGGUCCUGUGGUGAUCGCGGCAGUACUGUUUGUGCUGCUCUCGCCAGGGCUCCUGAUCCAACUGCCGGCGAGGGGGAGAGUGGUAGAGUUCGGCAACAUGCAAACCAGCGGUGUCUCCAUCCUCGUCCAUGCCAUCCUCUACUUUGCUGUCCUCACCAUCUUCCUCAUCGCCAUCGGUGUCCACAUCUACACCGGCUAACUAAUUAUUCAUUUCCUUUUAAAAACUUUUCUAAUUCCUCGCUACAAUAUGAUUGAGAUGGUGUGUGUUUCGUUGUAUUUCUAGCUGCAAAUUUUCAGAAUUCCUAAUUAUCUAAA